AUGACGUCGGGAUCUAUCGAUGGUUUGGACCUCUUGUUCGACCACGGCUUGGACGCGCGCGAGGGCGAGGGCGCGCCAGGACUCGCGGUGGAUGUCUUGGCGUGGGACGACGUCCUGAACGCGUUCGACGCGUACUGCGCCGACGGCGCGGAUGGGCGAUUCGAUGAUCUCGACGCGGUGUUCGCGACGACGUGGGCGCGUGAAGGGUGUGAUGCGAGGCGUCGCGCGGCGGGCGAAGCGCGAGAAUACAUCGCGAGCGUGGUGCGGGACGCGCUCGGCGACGGCGAAGACGACGACGGAGGCGACGCGCGGGAGACGACGAGACGCGAGGCUGAGGAUUCGGCGACGGCGAUCAAGUACGUGCAAUCGCGCGCGAACGGUCGUUUACGAGCGUCCUGCAUCGAGACCGGAAGGAAAAAUCGUUUGAAAAUGCUGCGUGAUAUGUUCAGCGCGGAGCUUCGAGCGUUUGCGCGGCGCGCAGAGGAGCUCGAGCGACGAGCAAAGGACGCCGCAGCGAAAACCGCCGCCUCCGUGCUGUGCCUGAAUCUCCCGGAUCCCGCCGAAGUGCUUCGACGUGAAUUUAAAUCUUCUCUCGCGAACGUGCUCGACGCCUUUGACUCAGCCAUGGAACACAUCGCGCCGCGCACGGCGAAGACGAAAUCUGCGUCAUCCAGAGACUCGGAACGAUCGAACGCCACGGUGGAGAUCACGCAAUCGGUGGCGGCGAUCCAGGGCAGGCACGACGAGCGCGCGAGAAAGGUCCUCUCGCAGUGGCUCUGGGAUCACUUCUAUCCGACUGAGGAGCGGUUGAAACCGAUUCCUACUCGCGCCGAAAAAGAAGAGCUCGCUCGACUGAGCGGUCUCACCACGACGCAGGUCGGCGACUGGUUCGUCAACGCACGCGCGCGUUUGUGGAAGCCAUACAUCGAGGGAUUGAUUCGCGGCGUUUACAACGACGCGAUGGUGAAGAAGGCGCUCGAUUUACAGGCGGACGCCUCGGCGUGA